UCGUUUACUGUCGACACAACAGUUAAUAGAAGAUGUCCAGACGGUGAAAAGUUUACUAUAACUGUAGUGUCCGCCGAGAGUCUCACCUUUCCAACGCUCCUGUGUUUAAAAAAUGCAUGUCUGCUAACCAUCCAGCCAUCACUCACCUGCUCCUCUUUCUACUGUUAAUGCAUGCCCUCCUGUAUAGAAAAUAAAACUACUCACCCCUGCUUGCAUGCUGUGCUGUGAAUAAGGCAGCAUGAGGGAGGACAGGGAUAACCCUCUGGCACUGUUGUCUAAGAGGUCAUGCCAGAACCAGGCGGACUACCGGCGAGAGCUAGAGAGCCUGCAAGCAGAGUUGGAGGCAGAAGAGAUCCGAACGCUGUGGGCCCGCGGGCAGCUUGGCGUAGAGCUUCGGCGCCUACGAGAAGAAGCAGAGCAGGAACACGAGAGGGCCGUGAGGGAGCUGGCGGCCAGGCGAACCCGAGGUAGAAAUCUCUUGGCUGAAGAGAGGACGAUUAAAAACACAGAGCAACACAGCAAGGUGAAGUCUGCAGGGAAAACAGGCUUUGAUCUCAGCAGUGGACAUUCAAAGCUGGAGAACUUUCUCCUCAUACUUUAUGAGAAGAUAAACGGGAAGCAGGCAAGUUAUCAUUUUCAUCAUAGGCAAGGAUCUGAGCUGGAAAAGGCCGUCUUCCUCUGCCGCCUUCUAGAGGCUCAUGGGAGGCUGUUGCAGUGCACUCAAAGUUCAAGACCUCAAAGCAACGUCGCAAGGAGCUUCUCAAAGAAGCCAAGACGACUCCAGACCUGCUCCAACACCCAGAGAGUUUUACCCCCAUACUACAGAAAGUCCAAACCUGACCAGACGAAGCAGCCCUCAACCAUCAGCUUCCACACUGCUGGGCCAUGCACCUGUAGGCCAGUCACAGGUGGCGGUCAGUUAAGAUCGCUGAAAAUCUGUCAACCCCACAACUCCACCCAUGCACUUCAGGAACACCGCCCAUCGCUCUGUGCUGAGUCUUCUUCAUCAGACGAGUCCUCAUCCACCACAGCCACCAAAAGAAACAUGGAGAAUGGGAUGGAUUAUGAAUUGCUGGUGCGUCAGAACUCAGAGCUCCUGCGAGCCCUCGACGAGCUGGAGAAGACUUGCAACACUCUAAGGGAGGAGAAUGGCCUGCUGAGAAAGAGCAGCGCCCCAGAGACUGAGGAGAAGGUCAGGCGGUUGAGGAGAAAGAACACCGAGCUGACUGUUCUUGCAAAGAGACUGGAAGAAAGAGCGAGGAAACUACAGGAGGCCAACCUCAAAGUGGUGAAUCCUCCUUCGCUUAUUAGACCUGGAGCCGUGGAGCAGUACAAAAGAGCUUUUGCCCGCCAACGAGCUCGUGACCUGGCCCAGCAUGCGGAUGCACUCCUAUCUAAGGACAAAGAGAUUGCUUCUCUGCAGCAGGAGUGCCGGCAGCUCGAGGCACGGCUGGGACCCGCCAAGGAUUCCCCUGUUCGGUCGCCUCAGUUGGAGUACGAGAAGCUCCUCAGAGAGUCUCAGAAGGAGGUGUUGCGGCUCCAGAGGCAGCUGUCCGUCACUUCCACCCAGCAGCGGGGCGGCUUCAGGCACGACGGUGACGGCACCGAGAAGAGUGAGGAAAACGCCAAAGAGUCGGGCCAGGGGAAGGCUUUAGCAGAGACCCCACGUGUGGCGUUAGAUGAAGCUCCAUCCAGGUGUGAGAAGACUCCGGCAGAGGCGGAGGAGUCGUGGCUGCAAGUGACGCCCCCACCGGGCCUUAGCCCGACCUCCUCCCAGCAGGAGGAACCCACAGAGGAGCAACGACUACAUUUUCUGGAGCGGGAGCUUUGCAGGAAGAGAAAAGAAUGUGAAAACCUUGAGCAUGAAGUAAAGAAGCGACAGAAGAGAUGUCUGGAUUUAGAGAGCCAGCUUGAGGAUGAGCGAGGCAAACAUGAGCAACUAAAGGAGGAGGCAGAACUCCUCAGGAGGAAGGCGCAGCUGCUCGACCAGACUCGGGCUGAGAAUGAGGAGCUGAGGGAAGAUCUCUCUGAAGUGACCGCUCAACACAAUUCAGUUCUCGAAGAGAACCAGAAACUCCGUGCCAAACUGGAGAACCUAGAGCAGGUCCUAAAGCAUAUGCGAGAGGUCGCCGAGCGAAGGCAGCAGCUGGAGUUGGAGCAUGAGCAGGCACUGGCUAUCCUUAAGUUCAAGCAGGAUGAGAUCAAAAGGUUGCAGCGGGCUCAGUUAUUUGCCAAGAGGGAACAUGAAGGAGUGGUUCAGAUGCUGGAGGCAUUGACAGAGCUCGUGCUGCGGAGGGAGCUGUCAAAGGUACGAGAGCUGGAGGAGAAAUGUCGCAGUCAGAGUGAGCAGUUUGGCCUGCUGUCCCAGGAGCUGGAGAAGUUCCGACUGCAGGCCUCCAAAGUGGACCUGGCCAGUUCUACGCUCCUCAACAACCCGGGCCUCUCAGUUCUGACCAACGGGGUGGGCCUGACUACUGAACGAGACGGCUCUGGUGUCACACUGGACAUGGUGUCUCUGGGGGAAAUAGCCUUCUGGAGUCUCGAGGGAGGUGACCCUCUCUCCUGCCCGGAGGGUGACGACCCCCUCGAUGUGGCUGCUGCUUUACGCCGGGGGUCCACGCCGCAUGCUGCGGGACUCUCCAGGGUGGAGCGCUCACCUGUCACCAAGCACCGAGAGCUGCCCAGCAUCAGCGUCAGCAAGUCAGGCUCUUCUUCCAAGUCGGAAGCCGCGCACCUCACCCCCAAAUCUGACACCCACCUCAGCCCGCACAAAUCAAGCCCAACACACGAGGUGGACACUGCCAGUGAAGUGGAGGACCUGGACGUCGAUGUGGCCCCGGCGCCGUACACGGCCAGCCGGGGAGCGGCGAAGCUUCAGGUGUUUAUUGCCAGAUACAGUUAUAAUCCAUACGAUGGUCCAAACGACAACCCUGAGGUGGAGCUACCGCUGACUGCUGGGGAAUACAUCUAUGUUUACGGAGACAUGGAUGAUGAUGGCUUCUAUGAAGGUGAGCUGAUGGAUGGGCGGAGAGGGCUGGUUCCCUCCAACUUUGUGGAGCGUGUGUCAGACGACGACGUAAUGAGCGCUCAGCACCCUGAGACUGGGGACGUGUCCCACAACUCCCUGCUAGACAGCAGCUUGCACAGUGCCAGCCACCAGCGUCACCUCCAGGUGGGCGUCAGCGCCUCGGAGAGGACGGAGGCCCCGGCAGCCUCCGGCCCCGCCUCGACCCUCUCAGAUUCAGCGUCGGCCUUGUCUGUCCCCGCCCCCCUCACCAACGGCCUGGACUUGGAUUUGGAGGAGGUAGGAGUGGACGUUGUGCCUUACCCACGCAAACUUACCCUCAUCAAGCAGCUCGCCAAGAGCAUCAUCAUUGGCUGGGAUCCGCCGUUGGUGCCGGCCGGGUGGGGAAACGUGUGGAGCUACAAUGUGUACGUAGACCAGGAGCUGCGUCUGAAUGUGCCAUUCGGCGCCCAGACCAAAGCGGUGCUGGAGCGGCUGGACAUUAACCUCAAAGCCUACCGGGUGUCGGUCCAAAGCCUGACGGAGAAAGGCCUGUCGGACCAGCUCCGCUGCAGCAUGCUGGUCGGCCGGGACGUCAGCGUGGCGCCGACGCAGCUGCGCGUGGACAGAGUUACCGCCACAUCUGCCAGCCUGACCUGGCUGCCCAGCAACAGUAACUACGUGCACAUUGUGUCCUUGAACGACGAGGAGUGCGAGCUGGUGAAGGCCGGCUGCUACUCGCUGUGCCUCAACAACCUCCAGCCCAGCCUGCAGUACGCAGUCAAAGUGGAGGCGCGGCCGCACCGGACGCCCUGGGAGCUGCCUGUGGAGCGGCGGGAACACAGGAGCGCCACCAUUACCUUCAGCACACUAAUGGCAGGUCCCCCUGAUGCCCCGCUGGACGUACAGCUGGAGCCCGGCCCCUCUCCUGGGAUCGCGUUAAUCAGCUGGCUGCCGGUCACUAUAGAUGCUGCUGGCACCUCUAACGGCGUCCGUGUCACCGGAUACACUAUAUACGCGGACAGGAAGAAGGUCUUGGAGGUGGCUUCCCCUACAGCUGGAAGCGCCCUGCUGGGCCCCUCUCAGAUCCAGUCCCUCCAGGCAGCUCAGGAGCUCACUGUCCGCACCAUGUCUGCUCAUGGGGAAUCCUGCGACUCUUUUCCAGUAAACGUGCCCUCCAGGCUGGCUGCUGUCAUGGCAGGCCCUACUCCAACCGUCCCAGUUGUGCCACACCUCCCCUGCAGCUCUGUAGCUCGCAAUACCCUGCCCCCUCCACCCUUCUAUGGAAACCCUGCUGCCAAAGUCUCUGUGCCGCCCAGCUCUCUGCCAUCAGGCCCACACAGGCCGGGCCCUGCAGCGGAGGCUGCUGCCAACCUGCCUCAGGCUCUCCACGCCCAAGAUCACCUGGCAUCUGCCUCCUAUGUGAAGGCCUGGGCCGACCCCUACUCUGCUGCUGCCUUGACUGUCUGCGAGGCCACACUACCAGUGGCCCCCCCCAGUCCUCCAGUGGUGAAUGUGGCCUCCCCCAUCAACACAGCUCCUCAGCCAUCUCCAGCACUGGCGACACCUCCUCCAGAUGCGGCACCAGCGCCGGUGUUGGAUCUACGCAGAGACACGGACAGCCCCGGAACAAUACGUCCUUUCCCAUCCAUCACAGAGUUCAUCGAGGACCCCUGUGCCAAGCUCGGGACCCCUGAGCGCGUCCCGAGUCCACCUAAAGCCCCGAUCGUCGACCUCCUGAACCCACAGAGCACCAACGUCCUGCGACCACCCAGCACCUCACCGCUGGAGUCGGAGGUGGAAGAGGAAAUGGAGAACACUCGCCUGGUGUCCAUUGAGGAGUUCCUGAGGCAAGACCAAGAACCAUCGUACUGCAGCAGGCAGCAGAGUUAUAGCAGAGGGCUGGUGGAGCCUCACAGUGACUACCAUGCCGACAACAGCCGCUCUGAUCUGUCAGAUAUCCUGGAGGAAGAGGAGGAGGACCUGUACUCUGGAGAAUCUCAGUCCAGGGGGUACACUGUAGGAGCCAACAGGUCACGCAGACUGGAGACACCAGACAGCGAUGAAGACGUUCUGGAGAGGAUCCUUAAGUUGCCUCCUCAGGUGCCACAGUGUAAACAGCUGUUCAGCAUCGCCGAGGUGACGGAGGAGGAGGACAGCAGUCAGGAAGAGCUUUUACUCCACCGCAGCAAGCCUAGACCCGGGUCCAUUCAUCCCAGAGACUCUGAGCACCUCCAUCAUGCUCCCCUGCAUCACUCGCACAGCCCCUCUCACCACCACCACUUCAACAGAGAUCCCAAACCCCCAACCAAAGAGCCCUCUGUCAGGCAGGAAACGCCACAGGUUAAACCGAAGAUGCAGCACAGGGUGCACUACGCCGACACUGUCAAUUAUCCUGAAGAUGAAAGCGCGAGUUUGUAUGAGAGUUCCAGCGGCAGGCAAGUCUCAGCCCACUGUCCACCCAAACGUACCCCCUCUAUCAAAGAGAGAGCGCUGCUCAAAGGGCUAGGGGACCGCCUUAGAAGGGAGGCCAUGCUCAGGAGCCAGAUGGCUGCCGCCGCCGCCAUGGAAAACCCCGACCAUGGCCCUACCCCGCCAAGACCCUACCCAGUUAGCAAAACGGUACGAACUCUGAAGUCCCCCAUUGGUCGUAGGAUGGAGAUCGACGUGGAGUACGGCACGGACAACGAAGAGCCGGAGGCUUACAGCCAAGGGGAGGUGGUGGUGGAGCAGAUGAGCUCUGAGUGGUGGCUGGAGGGCGCUCAGGGGGAGCACAAAGCUGCUCACCGCAGAGAGCCGAAGGCCGAAUCAGCGGUGCCCAGCCAAAUCCCUCCAGCUGUGGCGGCAGGCCCGUCCAGGGCUGGCCAGGCAGAGCCGUCCUCUAAAGCCAUGAGCCCCCAUGCCAGGCAGUACAAAGGUGAAUCACCAAAGAUGAAAGGAGACGGUGGCGUGCGCCUCUUUGUGGCCCUUUUUCCAUACGACCCUGUCACCAUGUCUCCCAAUCCUGAUGCUGCGGAGGAGGAGCUGCCCUUUAAUGAAGGACAGAUCAUCAAAGUUUAUGGAGAUAAAGACGCGGAUGGGUUCUACCGGGGGGAGACGGGUGGCCGCCUGGGCUACGUUCCGUGUAACAUGGUGUCUGAGAUCCAGGUGGAGGAUGAGGAGACCCAGCAGCAGCUAUUGCAGCAAGGCUUCCUUUCCACAGCUACCUCCAUGGAGAAGAUCGGCUCUCGCACAUACGCACAGCUUCCACGCCGCCCUGUUCCACCGCCGAAACCGAGACGAUCCAAGAAAGUGGAGUCUGCAGCGCUCUGGGAGGAGAGCAUAGACUCCUCCAGUCGAGAUCCCAGCCAAAGUGCCGCCGCUGCAGGGAAGCAGGCCUCAGGGGCUCGAAGGAUGAUUGCCAUUUUUGACUAUGAUCCCAGAGAGAGCUCCCCCAACACUGAUAUAGAGGCGGAGCUGACUUUCAGCGCAGGAGACAUCAUUCACGUCCUUGGGGACAUGGACGAAGAUGGUUUCUUCUACGGAGAGCUGAACGGACACAGAGGCUUGGUUCCCUCCAACUUCCUACAAGCCUUCCCUGAUGAACCAGAACCAGCCAGUGUCCAGAACCCGGCCCCAGAACUCAGGAAAGAAUCCCAGAAUAGUUGCACAUCCUCUUCAGAACAAGACUUGGAUCCCACAGCAGCAGAAGAGGCUUCACGCCCCCCAGCUGACCCCUUUAGUCCAGACAUGACCCAACAAACAGGCCGUCUACCCCAGCUAGAAGCCACCGCUUGUCCAGCCCCCGUCCUGGACACUGCUCCAGAUCCAGCCGCAGGGCAGGUCUGCUGCUCUCCUUCAGACAGCACGGCAUCCUCAGAGUCCACUCUUCAGCCCAAGAAGAAGAAGAGCUUUUUCUCCAAAGGCAAGAAACUGUUAAAAAAACUGGGAUCCAGCAAGAAAGAAUAAGACUCUGGACACUCACAUCGCGUUUUAAGCACUUUUUCUGUCUGUACCGUUGGUCUCAUUUGGUAACCGAUACUGUUUGCAGUGAGCUGAUGCUUUAAACAUCAGGAACUAAACAUUUGCCUUAGACCAGCUGUAAACUUGGACUUAGACACGCAGCAUGCAUCACCGCAUGUGGAACCACGCAAACUCGCUGAUGUUACUCUAAAUUUCCUCUGCGUCGUCAGACCGCGUUAAAAACAUGGCAAUAAUUAAAGGAAAUGCAAGAACUAUUUACUUAUUUAAUGCUGAGCAGUGUUGAUUAGGAGGCCGGACGUUACCCAGACUCACACGGCCGAGUCAACGUUAGCUUUAACGCUCAUACGCGUGUGCCACCUUAUUUAUUCAUCUACAGCCAUCAGACAGAAACAGCACUUCUUUCUUUCUCCUUCUGUCUGGCUGUUAAAAAAUGCACUAUCCAUCCUGUAGGGAUGUCUUUAUGUUAUAUCCCCAGGUGUUUUUUUCAUAAGAAGUCAUAUUUAUUUGUGUAUGUAUGAAGUAGCAUCAGAUGUUAGCUGGUUAGCUUGGAACCGUUGGUCCUGAUCGGUGUUUUUAAACCUCAAACCACUGUGUUUUGGAGCCGAAGCGAGGCAAAUAAAAUCCAUUAGCGGUCUGUGUGAGUUAAUUACAGGCACAGAUGUGAAAGUCUUUAAAUACAUUUAGAUUUUGUUGUAGCGACGCUUUCUUCACACUAAAAACGUGAAAAAAAUCUAACUUUUAGCUAAAAAGAGACAGAAGUUUGGUCCUUCCUCAUAAAUCCUCCACAGUCACUCAUCUUAACACACUUUAAGGGUGUGGAAGGUUUAUUUUGCGCCAUUUUUCUGUCAUUUUUCCAAUAUAAUGACGGAUUUGGUCAUUGCUAUGAACCCAGUUAGCUCUAUAGCCGCCAGCAUUCCCUAUAUGGACCAGGAAGGGGUUGAUUUACCUCAUAAUAGGCUAACAGCAAACUCAUCCUCAUUUUAAGCAGACUGAGCCCUCCUCACCCCUCUUUACUAACACAAACCCGAGCUUUUCUCAUGCCUCCCACCUUUAAUCUGCUCACAGAUGCUCGCCCACUCAUCAGCUUAGAAACUACAGGCCCGUUCAUUGAUUUGAUUCAGGUUGGUUCUUCCGGAAACCAAAGGAAAGAACCUGAUUAGAGCGACAGAGAGCAGUUUGCCGGGCGCUGUGGCUUGACUCUGGUUUGAUGGUUUGAAUGUAGCGUUUAACAGGAGCAUCACUUCCUGCGUUCGAGCAGAGCGUCUGCACUGAAUGAUACUCUCCCCUAUGUCUUCUCUUUCACCUCCAUAUUAGGAGUAAAGUGAACUCUGUGUUACAACAUAUAUGUUCACUAUUAGCAUACGCAGCGUAGUUAGGAUUUCUGUCAACUCAUUUUCACCAGAACCAUAGUGAAGUGUUUAGAAAUGCUGACUAGCUUUGACUUUAGUUCUACAUAACGCUCUGUUAGAGGAUUAGGACCAAGCUUUGUUGUUUAUAACGUUGCUUAUUGAUUAAAGCGGAGCUGCAGUAGGCGUUCGGUUUGGUUGCAGACGUGUGGAGCGGGCCCUCUUUCACCAGUUUCCCUGUCUCCGUCUGUGCUGCCCUCAGGCAGCUCCUCAGGUUUUCAUCUGUAGUGUUUUUAGGCACAUGUUAGAUCUAGUCAUCACAAAGCUGCAGAAUAUGCCAAAAUGUUAGGUGCUUUGCUUUUUACCACAGUUAUGAGAGACCUAAUAUUCCCAGCAGUGAUGGGAAGUGGGAGGGAUUUCACCAGGAUGGGUUAGGGUUCCUUAAUUAUUUUUUAUUUUUUUGCAAUAUUUCAGUUAAUUUAUAAAGGGAGCACGAAAAUGCCAAGAAUGAAACAAGAGGACGGUUUGUCAAAGACACUUUAGAUGAGGAGUCGGCGGGAUAGAUGCAAGCCAGAGGCAGUACUGUAAGCUUUCUUUUCUUGUGUUUCUUUUUUUCUCUACUUUGUGUUUUAACAAAGGGUGGAUGCUCCAAAGUUGGUGAAAUGUUCAGCAGAUGGUUGUAAUGUAUUCGACGGCCUUUAAUGCACCAGUCUAGACCUCUUAUCUGCUGCGUAGCAACACGAGGGGCUCCUCCGCUCAGUGGCUCGGACUUAGACCCAUGUAGAUAGUUUUAGCUCAGAUGAUCAUAUCUAGCCUUACAAGAAGACCUUGUUUAGUCUUAAUAUGUUGUUUACAGGACGUUUGCAUGCAUGUUCUACCCAUGUUCGCCUUAUUUACGUUGCUGUCACAUCUCAGCUGGCUAGGCAGGAUCGAAGCCGCAGCGGGAGAGAAGCUGUGUGUAUAUACGGUUAUAUUUUCACAGAAAAUCUUUCUGUGUCUUUCCUCAUCUACAUUCAUUGUUAAAAAAAAUACUGAUGAACCUUUUUAUAUAUGAUUAUUCUUUUAUUGCCCUUUCUGAAAGCUCAUCUGUAUAUAUUUUGACAAUAUUUUAUUUUGCUGUUUGUUUUGCAUGUCCGAGCCGCGUUGUUGUUGGAGGACUGUAGUUCACACAGAUAUUCUUGACUUGAAAAUGUGGUGAAUUCUUUCAAUAUUUUUUUUUUUUACUGA